CAUAAUUUUGACCCGACCUGUAUCAACACAGUUGCUGUCCCAUCAGAACACGCAACCUCCCACACACCAACCGACCCCUCAAUUCAUCAAUCACCUCCUCCCAACCGAUCAUCAUGUCCGUCCCAGCUUUCGCCGAUAUUGCAAAGUCCUCCAACGACGUGCGUAGAGCUUCCCCAAAUAUUCUGGUCGGUUCACGCUAACACUAUUUUUCUAGUUGCUCAACAAGGACUUCUACCACCUCUCAGCCGCAGCCCUUGAGGUCAAGAGCAACACCCCAAACAAUGUCGCCUUCAAGGUCACUGGAAAGAGCACACACGAGGGAGCUACCAGUGGGUUGGUACGUGGCCAGCAAUUCUGAUUGCGAUGCGCAGGAAGUUUGAGGAAUUGGAAGCUGACGACCCAAAAACUACCAGCUAGAGGGAAAAUACUCAGACAAGCCAACAGGUAUACCUCUCCACAUGCUCCGCUUACAGAUGCAUACGGGCUUUUCGCACUUGAACAACUACGACGUUUUUGUCAACCUCUUUCCAAUCUCAACUCAGGCGCAGCUGCUAAUAUUCUACCGCCGUACAGGCCUCACUCUCACCCAAUCGUGGAACACUGCCAACGCUCUCGACACCAAGAUUGAGCUCAAGGACGCCAUCGCCAAGGGUCUUAAGGCAGAGGUCCUCGGUUCAUACCUUCCAGCAAAGUCCGCCAAGGGAGCAAAGUUCAACUUGCACUUCCAACAACCAAACUUCCACGGCCGUGCAUUCUUCGAUCUCCUCAAGGGCCCAACCGCUAACGUCGACGCUGUCAUCGGUCAAGAUGGUUUCCUCGCUGGUGCCUCUGCCGGUUACGAUGUCCAAAAGGCUGCCAUUACCAACUACAGCGCUGCUAUUGGAUAUACUGCCCCUCAAUACACUGCUUCCAUCACUGCUGCCAACAACUUGAGCGUUUUCUCUGCUGCUUACUACCACAAGGUCAACUCACAAGUCGAGGCUGGUGCCAAGGCUACCUGGGACUCCAAGAGCGGAAACCAAGUUGGUCUUGAGGUUGCCAGCAAGUACAGAUUGGACCCUGUCUCAUUCGCCAAGGUACGUCUUCUCCCCCACCUAGUGACUCCAUAAAAACAAAUGCUAACACAACAUCCCACUCACAGGUCAAGAUCAACGACCGUGGUGUUGCCGCUCUCGCAUACAACGUUCUCCUCCGCCCUGGUGUCACCCUUGGACUUGGUGCUUCUCUCGACACCCAGAAGCUCGACCAAGCUACCCACAAGAUCGGCUGUUCUUUCACCUUCGACUCUUAGAUUUGUUUUUCUUGUGCCACGGACCACCAUGUAUUAAACAGAUGAUACGAUAGUAGAAGAAUACAAAAUGGGCUUGGGGCUGGCAUGGCG